AUGGUGUCAUCUUCUUCAACACCACUUCUUCAAAACCCAAUUUAUAUCAGCUCCUCACCGGUCACCAUCGUUCCUCCUUCCAGCCACAACAAAUUAUCAACCAAAACCCGAUCAGAAAUCAAAAUAACUCCACCUCUUCCUGUUUCGUUGCCUCCAGUAGAAAAUCCACCGGACCUCAGUCCACCACAACUAAACCUGCACUCUACUAUCAGAUCGUCGUUGGAUCUACCCCCUGCCGACAGAUCGCCUCUUCACCCUUUCCUCUCGCCGGAAAAUGCUCCCACCUCCACUCUUUACUCAGCCUAUUUCUACUCUCUACCAUUGCAAAACCCCGAUACCCUUUACACAUCAUGUUUCUCUAUUCUCUAUGUACCACCGACGAUGACGUCUUGCUGGAGAAGAUCAAUAUCGCCGGUCGCCGGAGCUCUCAGGAAGGAGGAACCAGUUGGGGGAUUUAACCCAGAUGUUUCAUGUAAAUAA